GUUCGAAAAUGAACAUCUGACUUCGAAAUAUACCAAUCAACGGUGACGGAAAAUUGUUGGCUAUGUCUGAAAAAAUUAUUAAACAUUUGAUAGCAAGAGGAUUUUCUACAACAAAUAUGGUGAAUUCAUUGGGAGAAAUUGUGCAAAAAUUGAAUGGCUUUGCCGAUGUCAAAACAGCCGAAAGCUGGGACAAUGUCGGUCUUUUGAUUGAACCGGCAACACCAAAGCCAAUACAGAAGAUAUUCUUAACCAAUGAUUUAACGGAAAAAGUGCUGCACGAAGCUGUGGAAAAGAAAACCGAUUUAAUCAUCUCGUAUCAUCCACCAAUUUUCUCCGGACUGAAGACCAUCACACAAAAGUCAUGGAAAACGCGAUUGGUUUCGGUAUGUUUGGAGAAUCGGAUUGCUCUUUAUUCACCACAUACAUCAUGGGAUAAUAAUCGCGGUGCGAUUGGUGAUUGGUUGGCAAAAGCAUUGCCACAUAAAGAAUCUCAUAUUAUAUUACCAUCGGCUGAAAAUAGUAACAUCGGCUGUGGCCGUGUUGCUCAGGUUGAAUCGAACACUCCAAUUACAUUGGCCGAUUCGAUUGAACGCGUUAAAAAGCAUACAGGAAUUAGAACCGUUCAAGUUGCAAUCGGUGUUAAUAAGACACUGAAUUCUACCGUGAAUUCGUUUGCGGUGUGCCCUGGCAGCGGUAGCUCGGUAUUAAAGGGUGUACAAGCCGAUUUGUAUAUUUCGGGUGAAAUGUCCCAUCACGAUGUCCUCGAAGCGAUUCACAACAAUGUCAGCGUAAUUCUGUGCAAUCACAGCAAUUCAGAACGUGGAUACUUAACCGAGUUCAAGGAUACAUUGGCCAAUCUGCUCGAUGACAGCAGUAUCGAAAUCCAGCUCAGUGAAUCGGAUGCCGACCCGUUGGUUACAUAUUAAAUAGACCCGUUUAAUACAUCUAAAUUUGUAUUCCAAGCUUUCAUGAAACAAAGUAGAAAUUGCAUUUUUUUCGUCAAUAAAAUAUAAAAAUAAAAAAAAAUAUUCGGAAGAGCGUGUUAAUAUAUGUAUUAAAUCUAAUUAUUACAAAUGCAGAAUUAUAUUA